ACAUCUGGUAUGUAGAAAUUAGAGAAGUUAUUAAGAAAAAAAAAAGAUUAGGGAAGAAUAAACAAGAAGAAAACUUGGAGAAGGCGAGGCUAGCAAUAGGCCACAACUUAUCUGGUGGGUUGUGGGUCCCACGAAGUCUCUUCCUCUCUCUCUCUCUAGUACUCCACCAGUCCACCACCACCACCAGCAAACAACACCUUCACCAUGCUUUUUUUCUUCCCACAAUAUAAGCGUGCGCGUUAAAAUCAUGAACAAAUCAUAAUCAUUUUUCUACUUAACUUUUCCAAUAAUCUCAUUCUUCAUAAUCCAGUUUCAAAUUUUCAAUUUCAAUGGCAGUUAUAUCUCUAUCUCUUCUUCCACCACCACCUUCAACUCAUUCUUGUUUCUGUUCCGGAAUCAAUCUCCGUUCACAAAACAAUUUCCUUUCCAUUCAUUCUCCUUCUCCUUUUCCUUCUACUUUCUCUAACUCUAAUUCUAAAUUCUCUUCUAGAAGAAAACGCUUUCACACUGUUUUCGCUGCUUCUUCUGAUUACUAUUCUACUCUCGGAGUUCCCAAAUCCGCCACCGUUAAAGAAAUCAAAGCCGCUUAUCGAAGGUUAGCUCGUCAGUAUCAUCCUGAUGUGAAUAAGGAACCUGGAGCAACUGAUAAGUUUAAAGAGAUUAGUAAUGCCUAUGAGGUGCUAUCAGAUGACAAAAAGAGGUCUUUGUAUGAUCAAUACGGCGAGGCAGGAGUUAAGAGUUCAGUGGGAGGAGGAUCAAGUGCCUAUGCGACCAAUCCAUUUGAUUUAUUUGAGACCUUUUUUGGCCCAAGUAUGGGCGGCUUUGGUGGCAUGGAUCCAACUGGAUUUGGCACACGGCGUCGUAGUACUGUUACUAAGGGUGAAGACAUCCGAUAUGAUUUCUCCUUGGAGUUUACUGAUGCAAUUUUCGGAACAGAGAAAGAAUUCGAUCUUUUCCAUUUAGAGACAUGUGAAGUCUGUACUGGUACUGGUGCAAAGUUAGGCUCCAGGAUGAGAGUAUGUUCAACUUGUGGUGGCAGGGGUCAAGUGAUGAGGACCGAACAAACACCUUUUGGGUUGUUUUCACAGGUUUCAGUAUGUCCAAAUUGUGGGGGUGAUGGUGAAGUCAUAUCUGAAAAUUGUCGUAAAUGCAGCGGUGAAGGACGUAUACGCGUUAAGAAGACUAUGAAAGUUAAAGUUCCUCCUGGGGUUAGCUCAGGCAGUAUUUUAAGAGUCACUGGAGAAGGUGAUGCUGGACGAAGAGGGGGUCCUUCAGGAGAUCUUUAUGUAUAUCUUGACGUGCUUGAGAUACCAGGAAUUCAAAGAGACGACAUUAAUCUCCGCUCAACAAUUUCAAUCAGUUAUCUAGAGGCUAUACUGGGUUCUGUAGUGCAGGUAAAGACGGUUGAAGGCACUUCUGAACUACAAAUCCCCGCUGGUACUCAACCUGGAGAUGUCCUCGUCCUUGCAAGGAAGGGUGUACCAAAACUAAACAGACCAUCAAUACGUGGUGACCACUUAUUUACUGUUAAAGUUACAAUACCAAAACGUAUUAGUCCAAAGGAGCGUGAGGUGCUUGAAGAACUUGCUUCUCUAGGUGACCCAAGCAGUCAUUCAAGAUCCCGUCCUAGGACCCAAUCUUCCGCAGGAAGUAAAGAAAGUCCUGCAGCUCAAAUGUCCGAAAGUCCAACAGCAACAGUCACAGAAACACCAGAGAAAUCAGAAGACCAAGAUGACUUGUGGAAUAAACUAAAGAAUGUGGCUGGGUCUGUGGCAAAUGGAGCUCUAAAGUGGUUUAAAGAUAAUCUUUAGUUCAGUGAAAUUAUUAGGUGAUCAAGAGUCUCCAGAAUAUUAGUUUAUUUGAUUAGGGCUAGAGUUGUAAUGAUUCAUACAGCUGCCGGCCAAAAGAGGAGGGACUAUGUAGACAUUUUCUCAAAUGCUAUAACUGAAAAUUGUUAGAGCAACGCAGCAAAGUGGGACAAAUUAUGCAUAUUCUUUAAUUUGUUGUACUUGUAAAUUUUGGCACGAGGCAGUUUAUACAGAAUAACUUGCUGGAGAAUCUUUUGUACCCCUUGAGCAGGUUGCACUUGAGAAAGCUAGUGUAUAUCUCAAAGGAAGUCUAAGCUCCAUUUCAGUGAAUCACCUAAACAUUAGAAGUUAUUACUUAAAUCCUUAUGCAUAAGUGAAUUUUAAUUUCAUAGAUCCUUCAAAACGUUAAAGCUACAAAUUCAGCUCA